AUGAUCAGCUAUCGCAACAACUUAGCAAGGCUAGCGAUGCACCUGCUAGACGCCACCAACAUCCCUCAGCCCAAAGGCCUGGACAUAUUCGAUUUCGAUAAAGACAACUUCGAGAAGCGCAUGUCAGCGACGGCUCAGGUCGGGUGUAUGGCUGCCUGGCAGGCUCUCCACACUGGAUUGCUACCCCGCCCUGUUGAAGAUGAGCAGCAACCACAAGGCCGUCCGUGGGAGAAGCCAAACUGGUAUAUUGCUGCCGCUAUAGCGCUUGACAAGUCUAUCAAGACUAAUGCUGAUAUUGAAGGUGCUGUGGAACACUACAAAGACCAUUGUCAGGGAUUUAAGACACUGCUCCACUACGAUGGUGAGCUGACACCAAAAGAAGAAUCUCAAGACUGA